AUGGUGGUUGAGAUCCCUGCGGAAUACGAGAUCGGACCAGAGAUCGGACGGGGAGGUUCGGCAUCAUGUAUUGAUGCAUCGCGACGGAGACCAGCAAGGCGUUUGCCAUCAAGUCCAUCGAGAAGGCCCUCCUCUCUGACAUUGUUGACUGCGAGUGCGUCAAGCGGAAGGCCAAGAGUGCCCCGCUUGCCGCACGCCACCCAGGUGCACGCGGUGUACGAGGACGAGGCGUGGCUCCACGCGGUGGAGCUGUGCCCGGGGCUAGACCUCUUCGACCGGAUUAGCCGCCGGGUGGCACACCGGGGCAUCAAGCCGGACAACGUGCUUUAUGAUGAGCGGGGGCACCUGAAGCUUGUGGACUUGGGGUCGGCGGAGUGCUUCGAGGACGGGUGGUGA